AGGAGUGGGACAAUAAAAUCCCUGACACCACUGUUCAAGAGGCCUCGGGGGGGUGGAAGGCCAGGCCAGCUGCACGGGUAUAAAGCUGUCCCCGCUCCCGGCACGGCACUGCAGCACAGUUGUUUGCCAGGCUCCUCCAGCGCUCUCCAAUGGAUAUCACCAUCCACAACCCCCUGAUCCGCAGGCCCUUCUUCUCUUGGUUGGCACCGAGUCGUAUCUUUGACCAGAUUUUCGGGGAGCACCUGCCGGAGUCAGAGCUGCUCCCUGUUUCCCCCAGCUUCAGCCCCUUCCUGAUGAGAUCCUCCAUCCUUCGGAUGCCCAGUUGGCUAGAGACAGGACUCUCCGAGAUGCGACUGGAUAAGGACAAAUUUUAUGUGAACCUGGAUGUGAAGCAUUUCUCCCCUGAGGAGCUGAAGGUGAAGGUGCUCGGGGACAUGAUCGAGAUCCACGGGAAGCACGAGGAGCGCCAGGACGAGCACGGCUUCAUCGCCAGGGAGUUCAACAGGAAAUACCGGAUCCCAGACGACGUGGACCCGCUGACCAUCACAUCAUCGCUCUCCCUGGACGGGGUGCUGACCGUGAGCGCUCCCCGCAAACAGAGCGACGUCCCCGAGCGCACCAUCCCCAUCACCCGCGAGGACAAACCGGCCAUCGCCGGCGCCCAGAGGAAGUAGGGGCUGCUCUGCUGCCCUAAACCGCCCUGGGGAGCCAUUCCAGAGCUCUUUCCUCCAUCAGAUGCCAGCUGUACUGAAUGGCUGCUCGUAUUAUUUAUGCUGAGUAAGUUUACUAACGAAUAAACCAUGGAUAAGCA